CUCAGGAAACUGGAAUCAUAUGCCGAAAUGAGUGGAGCUACUAGAGCCAUUCGUGAGCCUAGAGUUGUUGUGCAGACUACCAGCGAAGUAGAUAUCCUUGAUGAUGGUUAUCGGUGGCGCAAAUAUGGGCAAAAAGUUGUCAAAGGAAAUCCCAACCCAAGGAGUUACUACAACUGCACCAAAGCAGGGUGCACUGUAAGGAAGCAUAUGGAGCGAGCAUCACAUGACCUUAAAUCUGUGAUCACUACAUACGAGGGAAAGCACAAUCACGAUGUCCCUGCUGCUCGUUCUAGCAGUCAUGUCAAUGCGAACGCUUCUAACGCAGGUCAAGGGCAAGCUUCUGGUCUUCUUCAAAACCAUGUUCAUAGAAAUGAACCAUCUCAAAUUCACAAUGGCAUUGGAAGGCCUUCAUUUGGCUCAUUCAACCUACCUGGAAGACAGCAGCUGGCUGACCUGGGUCACCCGCACGGCUUCUCCUUUGGCAUGGAUCAACACUUGUCGAACCUUGCAAUGUCGGGGCUAGGCUCUUCUUCGCAAGCGAAGUUUCCUGUAAUGCCUAUGAAUCGAUUCAUGGCGCAACAACAAAACCCCACAAAUGAAAUGGGGUUCAUGUUACCAAAGGGAGAACCAAAUGUGGAUGCUAAUCCUGAACGCAGCGGCCUUAACAUGCAUAAUGGUUCGUCAUCAAUGUAUCAAGAUAUUAUGAAUCACAUGCCGCUUGGACCUCACAUGUAA